AUGAAUCUGGGCGCCAAGGUCAAGGAAAUCCUCCACUCCGGUGACUCGGAAGAUGCCGCCAGAGGAGACGUUGAUCGCAACACUCCAGGAUUUUUCCCAGUCGAUGACAUGACGCCCGCCGAAUCCCAGAAACACACCUCUACUAGCCACGAGCACAACAAGCUACACAAGCCCAACGACCCUCGAGGAUGGUCCGAGGACGAUGCGAGAGCUCGUGGUCAUGGUUACACCGACUCUGGUGUUGGUUUGACCGAACCUCAUGACACACAAACCAACACUCGAGAAGUCGCUUCUGAGAAGCCCGCCGAACCCAUUCAGAGAACCGACGACUAUACCACAGACAGCCGCAUUGGCGACAACACCAACCCCACGUCUCAAGAGCCGGUUGGUGACACUGCCGCGCCAUCCCAAACGGAGCACCCGUAUUGGGGAGACCUCCCUCGUGGUGCAGGUGUCUACAACACCAUUGCUGGUCACGGCAGCGCUGAGGAUGAUACCCAACGCCAUCGCGCAAUCCACAGCGGCGAGGCCAACCCCACUGCCAUUUCGUCCCAAGCCGGCACUGCUGCUCCAGUGGGUGCCCAGCCGCUGGACUUUGCGUCCCAGGGCACUGAUCCCUAUUCUACCCAACAAGACACUCGUGAGACUACACACGAGAGAGCGCUCGGCUCACGGUUUAAUGAGGGUCUCGGCGGUGCUGGCGCUGCAGGAAUUGCUGGUGCCGGAGCUUAUGAGCUUGGCAAGGACCGUGGAACUGACGAGAGGGAAACCCCAUCUCAAUUGGGCGGUGCUUCUACUACCGCUGAUCCCUACGAUGCUCAAAUAGCCACACCUCCCUCCCAGCACAAUACCGCUGCUGCGACCAACAUUCCACAACAGGAGACUUCGCCUGAGACCACAGACCUGUACUCGUCUCAGCGAGAUACCCAGCAAGUCCCGGAGCAGAGCACCAGGGAUUCGCACUUCAAGGAGGGUCUGGCCGGGGCUGCUGUUGCCGGCACUGCAGGCGCUGGUGCUUACGAGCUGAACAAGCAGCGUCAAGCCGACGAGACCUCCAAGAAGACAGAGAAAGUUGCCAAGACCGAGCCAGAAGAGAAGAAGCACCGGUCAUUCCCUCUCAUCGGUCGAAGCCACAAGGAUGAUACUAAGGAGGUGAAGGAGGAGAAGCACACCAAGGAACCCAAGCCUGAGCGCGAAAGCAAGCUAGGUGGUCUCUUCCAUCGAAGUGCCAAGGAUGAGACUGAGCCUGCGGCUGAGGAGGAGCCCGCCAAGGACAAGCACCACGGGGCCAUGGCUGGUACUGCUCUUGCUGCUGCUGGAGCUGGCGGUGCCGCGUAUGCUGCUACCAGGGACCGGGAUGACGACAAGAAGGUCCAGGGGGAUACCACCACUAGCCGAUAUCAAGAGCCCACCGCUACCCGAGGUGCUGAUCAGUACUCCAAUACUGGCCUGGGUGCCAGCGCCACCGACACAUACCAGCAACCCGCUGCAACUCAAGGCACUAGCCAGGAUGCCAGUACCGGUUACGACCCCAACAGCGCCUAUGGUGCCCAAACCACUCAACCUUCGGUUACAUUUGCCGGAGACCAGCCUACGCAGUCUUACCACCAAGAGGGUUCAAACCGAGAUGGCAAGUUCGCCGCAGGUGCUGCCGCAGGUCUAGGUGCUGGUGCUCUCGCAUCCCACCAACUGGGAAAGAAGCAUGAAAACACCCCUGCCACUACUCAGGAUACUGAGAGGGGUUUCCAGCCUCAGACCACCCAGUCGUACCAGCCCGCCCAGUCGUACGGAACUACUGAGUCGUAUGGAACUACACAGUCAUAUGAACCUACGCAGCCAUACCAACAAGAGGGCACACAUCGAGAUGGCAAGCUCGCUGCAGGUACAGCGGCUGGUCUUGGAGCUGGUGCUCUCGCCUCCCAUGAGCUUGGAAGAAAGCACGAGAACACCCCUGCUACUACUCAAGAGACUGAACGGGGAUAUCAGCCCCAGUCCACUGAGCCGCAUGCCGCAACCACUACCGGCAGUACUGCCAUUCCUGUAUACGACACUUCCAGGAACGAGCCUGUGACAGAGUCCGACAACUUUGCCGAACGCUCGACAGAGCCAACUCUCUCCAUCACGCAACAGGCCAAUGAGGGCAGGUACAAUACUCUUGCAUCCGGCACACCCUCUGGUAUCAGGGUCGAGGACGAUACCAAGGACCGAGCAACCCAGAGGGAGCAUGCUGGCACUUCGUCAAGCGAGGAUAAGCAUCGCGGCGCUGGGGCUGCUGCCGGAUUGGGUGCUGCUGCUGGACUGGGUACAGCCGCUGCUCUGUCCCGAAAGGAUGAUGAGAAGAAGGAAGAGUUAAUUAAGCGAGAGGAAGUACCAGAGUCCAGGGUUGAGCCUGAAGCUGAACGCUCGGUUGAGCCUCAGCCCGAUGAGAAGCCAGCUGCUGUCUCUUUCGCACCACAGACAGGUAGCAGCAAGCCUGUCAUCCACCAUUGCCAGAAGUGUGGCGAGGCCAACGACAUCAGCCAGUACUUUGCGUCUAAUGCAUCCAACAAGAUCUAG